CUGGCAGUCUGGUGGUUGCUCUCUGUCAGGAAGGUGGUGCUCUGUACUUCGCUGUUCCAUCUCUGUUAUUUUCAACGAUAAAGAAGCUCAUUCAUCACCAUGCCUGUUCUGGGUUAUUGGAGCGUCCGCGGGCUAGCAGAACCCAUCCGCACGUUGCUCGCUCACACCGGAACGGAGUACGAGAACAAGACGUACGAUAUGGGCCCAGCCCCCACCUACGACCGGUCGCAGUGGCUGAACGUUAAACCAACCAUCGACCUCGAUCUUCCUAACUUGCCGUACUACAUGGACGGCGACGUGAAGCUGACGGAGAGCAGCGCCAUCAUCCGCCAUCUUGGCCGCAAGACGGGACUGGCGGGCGCCACGGAGCAGGAGAAGAUGCGCAUCGACGUCGCUGAGAGCCUCUGCCGCGACCAGAACCUCGGCUUCGUCAGGCUAGUUACGAGUCCUGACUAUGAUAACGCCAAACCAGCUUUUGAGGCCGACAUAAGUAACCAGCUUCAAAAGUUAGUCAUCCUCUUGAAAGACAACAAGUUCAUAUCAGGAGAGAAGGUUUCAUACGCGGAUUUCCUAAUCCUGGAGCUGCUGGACCGCUACGAGAGCUUCUCCCCCAGCGCGCUGGCCGCGUUCCCCACCCUGAAGGCCCUUCAGACUCGCCUGCUAGACCUGCCAGGGGUGAAGGCGCGCCGCGACUCUCCGGAGUUCAAGAAAAUCAGCUCAAGAUUCUUCGGCAGGAUGCACCCAUUUGGCCACGGGGAAGAAUCCUAUUAAGUUUGAAUUAGCUCCUUGUCGUACGGAUAACUAGUACAUUUUUUGUUCUACUUGCCAUUAGCCGAGGGGGUGUGAAUGUAUGUGUUUCUGAUUUAGGUGAGAAUUUCCUAUCAACUUAUAAUAGAUCUGUUUUCUGAUAAGAACUCGUACUGAGCGGAACCUUACUAGGUCACACUGCCUGGUUUCAGACAUGUUUUUCUUAUCCACCUUGUCGAAUAUAGAUAUCAAAAUUCAUGGCUUAAACGAAAAAUUUACACAAACAUUAAUUUGAAAAGGAUCUGUGUUCAAGAGGAAGAGAAAAUUGUAACUCCAAAA